ACAUGUGAUGGCACGCAGUCCUCCAACGCAGAUUAAUUAGCGCGCGGACUUGCAACUCCUGAGAGUGUCUCGGAUUUGGGGGUCUUAAUGAGGAUAUUGCGGCAAUGGUGAAGGACAAGGCCGAAAACCGGACGCUUCAGUAUCAGCAAACUUUGAUGUAUGGGCGGUACACCCAGGAGCUGGGUGUGUAUGCCAAGGAGGAAGCGGCCCGCCUACGGGAUGGAGGAGUGCGGGAUGGCGGAGGACUGCGGAGGAACACCAGUGUUCGCAGUCGUGCUGCAGAUCUGCUGGAGUAUGAGAAGGACCCCUGUGCAAAGUGCCACUUGUGUGCGUCUCGCUGCCAGAAGUUCCUGAUCUCGCGGGUGGGGGAGGACUGGAUCUUCCUCAUUCUGCUGGGGCUGCUUAUGGCUCUGGUCAGCUGGGUCAUGGACUACGCCAUCGCCUUCUGCCAAGAAGCACAGAAGUGGAUGUACGGUGGACUGGACAGUAACAUGCUUCUGCAGUACAUCGCCUGGGUCACCUACCCUGUAGUGCUCAUCACUUUCUCAGCAGGAUUCACACAGAUACUGGCGCCUCAGGCUGUGGGUUCGGGUAUUCCUGAGAUGAAGACGAUACUGAGGGGGGUGGUCCUGAAGGAGUACCUGACGUUCAAGACGUUUGUGGCCAAAGUCAUCGGUCUGACCUGUGCUCUGGGAAGCGGGAUGCCUCUGGGGAAGGAGGGCCCCUUCGUUCACGUUGCCAGUCUGUGCGCUGCUCUCCUGAGCAAAGUCAUGGCUACUCUAUUCGGAGGGAUUUACAUGGAAGAACCCUUUGAGGGGAGCAAGAACGAGCUGAGGAACACGGAGAUGCUGUCGGCUGCCUGUGCGGUGGGUGUGGGCUGCUGCUUCGCUGCCCCUAUUGGAGGGGUGCUGUUCAGUAUUGAGGUCACUUCAACAUUUUUUGCGGUGAGGAACUACUGGAGGGGCUUCUUUGCUGCCACCUUCAGUGCCUUCAUAUUCAGAGUGCUGGCAGUGUGGAACCAGGAGGAAGAGACCAUCACUGCUCUCUUUAAGACCCGUUUCCGUCUUGACUUCCCGUUUGACCUUCAGGAGCUCCCAGCGUUCGCCAUCCUCGGGAUUGCCUGUGGUUUUGGUGGUGCUCUGUUUGUGUACCUGAACCGCCUGAUUGUGGAGUGCAUGAGGAAACAGAAGAUGAUCAACAAGUUCUUGCUGAGGAAUCCAUCUCUUCCUGUCAGGCGCCUGGUGUAUCCCGCACUUGUCACCCUGCUGGUCUCCACUCUCACGUUCCCUCCGGGCUUCGGGCAGUUCAUGGCCGGACAGCUGACGCAGCAUGAGUCUCUGGUCGCACUUUUCGACAACCGCACGUGGUGCCGCCAGGGCGUGGCGGAGGAAUUUGACUACAUCAGCCACCACCACGCCUGGAAACAUCCACAGGUCAACGUCUUCAUCACACUCAUCCUCUUCAUCAUCAUGAAGUUCUGGAUGUCCGCCGUGGCCACCACCAUGCCUGUUCCCUGCGGAGCCUUCAUGCCAGUUUUUCUUAUCGGUGCAGCAUUUGGCAGACUUGUUGGAGAGAUCAUGGCAGCCAUGUUUCCUGAUGGCAUACAUGCUGACGGCAGCGUGUAUCCCAUAGUUCCCGGCGGUUAUGCUGUGGUUGGUGCUGCAGCGUUGUCUGGAGCAGUCACCCACACUGUAUCCACAGCAGUCAUAGUGUUUGAGCUGACUGGUCAGAUCUCCCACAUCCUGCCUGUGAUGAUCGCUGUGAUCCUGGCCAAUGCCGUGGCCCAGUCGCUCCAACCAUCACUGUACGACUCCAUCAUACGCAUCAAGAAACUCCCUUAUCUGCCUGAGCUGGGCAUGGGGCAUCACGAGAAGUAUAAUAUCCGUGUGGAGGACAUCAUGGUCAGGGACGUGCGCUUCAUCACUCUUAACUCUUGCUAUCGGGAUCUGCAGGAGAUGCUGCUGACUGGUCAUCUCAAAACACUGGCCCUGGUUGAGUCCAGCGACUCCAUGAUCCUGCUGGGCUCCAUAGAGCGCCUGCAGCUUCAGUCGCUGCUCUCCCUUCAGCUGGGCCACCAGCGGAGGCUCGAGUACCUCCGCCAGCUGGCACAGGACAACGGCACCCACGAUCACCUGCCCAGCCUGACCACCGACAGCACUCCCAGCUCCCCAUGCUCCCACACCCACAUCAACGCCUCGACCAACACCAGCGCUCGCCAAGCGGUCCGCUUCCUGGUGAGCACCCAACAGAUCUCCACAGAGGAGUCUUCCUCCUUCAGCCCGGUGGUUUCCAAUGUUCAACUUCCUCUGAAGUCUGCCUUGAAAACUGUGUCCGCCAUCAGCGACACAGAGACGCCAAAUAGCUCUCAGACCCUCUCCUGUGCCGACCAAGACCAGGAGCUGCUAGAGAGCCCGGCUGGGCCGGCUCCUCCUGAAAAAAGAAAGCCCAAGCCCAAACGAGUGAGGAUCUCCAUGGCGGACUCUACUGAAGUGGAGGACUGCAUGACCCCAUCAGAUAUAGCAGAGUGGGAGGAGCAGCAGCUCGACGAGCCGGUGGAUUUCAAGAACUGCAAGAUUGAUCCCGCUCCCUUCCAGCUGGUGGAGCAAACAUCUCUGCAUAAGACUCACACUAUCUUCUCUCUGCUGGGUCUGGAUCACGCCUAUGUGACCAGCAUGGGACGUCUGGUUGGAGUGGUUUCUCUCAAAGAGCUGCGUAAGGCCAUUGAGGGCUCCGUGACAGUGACUGGAGUGAAAGUGCGCCCUCCUUUGGCCAGUUUCCGAGACAGUGGGAACAGCACAACCGUAUCCGAAGUAACAGAGCUACACAAGCUGUGCAUCCGCCACAGGGGGCUCUCGUUGCCACGGGAACCCAACCCUCCAGAUGUGGAGGAACAGCCAGAUCUCCCGUACAAAGAGAUCCCCGUCAACUUCUCGGACCAAACAAAUUUACAGUUUGAAACAUGCCCCGGGGACGUCUCGAGUCAGUCGUCGGAGUUGGUGCUCCAGGAGAGCCCGUCGUUCACCGAGGACCAAUCAGAGUUUACCUUUGACUGCAGCCCCUCCCACACUGAGGAAUCAGAGCUGGCCUGUGACUAUGACCCCCCCAGCCACACUCCCGAGCCGGACGCCUCGGAGCAAGAACAGGGGAGUCCGUGUCUGAACAAGGACCAAUCAGAACCUGAGGGAGAGGGUGGCCCCGCCCACACUGAGGAUCAAUCAGAAUGAUCAGAGGGGAUCCAUACCGUCGCCUCGUGAAUGUUGACGUUUCUUACAUUUGUAGAGGUCACUCUCACCUCCGAGUCCAGCCUAGAUACCCGUGUUUCUAACGUUGUUGUGGCGUGAGUGAGCGAGUGAGAGUGAAUGAGUCGGUUCAUUUUUGUGUUUCAAACUCUGUAAAUGCCUGUUUUAAAAGAUAAAGCUGGUUUGAUUUGAUAUUUUGUUUUACUGUCAACAAACUCCAUGAAAAGGCCAAACCAACAACGGGUUUGUGUCUUUCUUUG